AAGUGAAUCGUGGUGCUUAUUAAGAGCCAUCUGACGUUCCCCUCUUCAUAGCACUGAGAAGAACUGGAACAAGCAGGAGUGUUAAGAACAGUGCAACAUGGUGUCAGCCAAGAGAAUCCUGAAACUUUUCGGUAUCAUCUAUUAUUUAAUUGUGUGCUCCAACUUUAUGGUUGGAUCUUUGGCAACUUGUGUCACUCGUCGAUGCCUGGCUAACAAGCUGGUUGCAAUGGAGCUUUUCAGUCCUCCAAUGCCUCCGGAAUGUACUAUUACAGUGAAUCUCACAUCCAUUCAAUAUGAGACCCUAUCUGUGGAUACUAAAACCCUGCGUUUCUCGAGUCGCAUUAGAAUUGACAUGGAAUGGAACGACCCAGACCUUGCAUGGAUUGAUACAGAGUACGAGUUUCCAGAAAUUAUGCUUCCAGUUGACAAAAUCUGGACUCCUGAUAUAACUGUAGACAACGCAGUCAAAACGGAUGUGAAGCCUGUCUCUACUGAUAUAUUGUUGAGACGUGACGGCACUGUGCAAUAUGGUAUCCAAUUAUAUACUACCGUGGUGUGUGGAAUCAACCUUUUUAACUACCCUUUCGUUCAAGAUGCGUGCCCAGUAGCCCUUAAUGGAUGGAAUGAAAACAAUUGUGGCCUAGAUUUAAUCUAUGGGAACGUAUCUUCAGUGGGAGAAAAUCGAGGUGAAUGGCUAACUAAAUCAGUGGAGCUACAUCGGGACAAACAAAACCUGGACCGCAAUUAUCUCUAUGUCAGCAUGUCCACCAACCCAUUCAAUACAAUAGUAACGCUCAUUCUCCCAAGUGUGCUCAUCAUGUUAGCUGAUCUGGGGAGCUUUGCCCUGCCACUGGAUGGCGGAAAACGCAGCUCCUUUAAAAUCACUCUGGUGCUCAGCUUUACCAUGUCCCUGCUCAUCCUCACUGAUCACCUGCCCGACACCGGCCUCUGCAGCCCCCUGAUCCGUUAUCAUUUUUGUUUCUGCUUGAUCGUUUUGGUUAUGAGCUUACUGACAUCCAUGGUGUUCUCACGAUUUGCGGACAGUGGCACCAUCUUCUCCUGCAGGCACUCAAAACCAUGUGAAUUAAGCAACACCGACAGGAAAAAUGAGAUAAAAAAGGGUGUGUCUACAAUCUCGGAUGAUGUGGCUGCCAAGGACGCUUCAAUCCAGAAAAUUGUGAAUUUCGUGGAGAACAUAGAGAAGAGAGAUAAAGAGACAAAGAAGAGGCACGAAUAUGCAAGCCGGUUUGACAGAGCCUGCUUCUGGGGCUACCUUUGCCUUGACAUUGUGUAUGUCAUUUGUGUAAUUGGUAUCACCAGAACAGAAUUUUGUAAAAUUAACAAUCUGGAUUUCUGGAUUUAAUGUAACUAUUGAAGAGAAAGGAUUUGGGGGCGUUGGGAGUUAUGACUUUCAAUCCUGAUCAUCACUAAUGGAUUUGAAUACAUGUUUAAAGCAACUUUUACAUGUGGUUGUAAAAGAUUUUUCAGUUUCCCUGGUUUCCUAGUGACUGAAUAUAGAGUAUCAACAAGGUGUAGUCUUUGUAGAAGCAGGUCCUGUAACUAAAACGUGAUUUCUUCAGGUCUAACCACUAGUCUUUAUAUAUAUAUAUAUUACCAUAGACAUAUAAUUCAUAUAUAGUUUAAUGUGUAAUUUCUAAUCAUGCUGUUUCGUGUAACAUCUAGGUUUUUGCAUAUUAUCAAAGGUGACACUUACCUCCUGGUUGUCGACUAAUAUUAUUUGUGUUGAGACACAAAACCUAUAAACACACUUUCUGGAAAUUUCUAUUUGCUUUCACUUCACUGUGUCAAUGAAUAUGAAAAGCUGAACCUUACGCAUAGCAUGGAUAAUACCAUAGGUAUACAUUAUACUCCUUUGCUAAAUGUAUUAUUCUAUGCAUCCUUUUUUGUCAUAACUUCAACAUUAAAAAUGAUGUACCAAUUGAAUAUUAAUAAAUAAUUGCUGCCAGAUUAUGAGUCUCAGUCUCAGCUCUUCAUCUCCAGAAAGGCCCAGAAAUGUGGUCAAGUGCCUCAGAUUAUUAAUAAAUAUAUUGUGUAUAUAUACUAUGCUUUCUGUAUCAAUAAACUAAGAAGCUUUUACUGA